AUGCUAAAAUAAGUAUACCAACAGAUUCAAGACUAUAAUACCAAGUCAGUAGAUUAAAUGAACCCCAAUGAGAUCAAAAGAUACUCUAGGUUUAGGCUAAUUAGAACAGUUAUUAGAUUGAUAAUAGCAAAUAUUCUAUAUGUGUGGGUUUAGAGCGAUUAUUGCGGUGAGGAAAGCAGGACUGAAUGCAUUUUGAAUCAUCAUAUCCCCAAACUACCAGAGUGGGUGGUUAUCCAUAUUGCAGGUUGUGCUCUAUUUAUUUAUGAAUUGCAUCGAAGACAGAAAGAUUUAAGAAAUGGAGUGAGAAUGGUGAAUGAUAUAGCAAUAUUUGUAUUAGUAUGUGCUAAUAUCUUAGUGCUCAUAUUUACUUUUAACACUGUCACAUAACAAAACAUUGGUGGUGUCUAUACCUCAAUAUUCGUACUCCUUUUGUUCAUAUAUGGGUGCGUUCUAAUAAGUUAAUUUGCAAUUGAUAAAACUAGAUUGUUAAUCGGAAAAGCAAGAACCUCGUUAAUAUUGACAUUUUUAGUACUGUUUGUGGUAAGAUACAUUCAUACGAAGUUUAUACUUAGCAGUUGCGACAAUUGGCUGAAAGGUAUAUCAUAAGAUUUAGACUAAGGUAAUGAGGCCUCUUGCAAAAUCCCAGAGCCAGGUAUCUGUCCAUUUGAAAUGACUAAUGGCAUAUUGGAUCUAUCCGCUUAUCUCAGAGAAUUUUAAUGUGAAUAUCAAGUUAAUAGACUUUCCUACUUUGAAAGAUUUUACAAAACUAAUAAGACAUAUAUUGCCCAUCCACUCUCUAAGUUUUUCGAAUUAUAGCAAAGACACAUUAGCACUUAUCCCUAUUAAAUAGUUAAACAUUCAGUAGGAUAUGAUACUUUAGAAGAUGCUAUUAAAAAUAAUCAUGAAGUAAUAGUUGACACCAAAAAUGAAAAAAUGAUCAUUAAUGUUCCUAGAAAUGAAACACUUGCAUAAGAAAGAAGGAAAAUAGCAAAGAAAGUAGAUAGAGGAGAUCUUACACAAAAUGUCUUACUAGUCUUUAUUGAUACGUUAUCAAGGUAGAGACUUCACGAUAAACUUCCAAAAACUGUGCAAUUUUUCAGAGAGCGUGAUCAUAAAGAAUUCUUUAGGCUACAUUCUUAUUGGGGAAGAACACAGGAAAAUGCUUUCCCAUACUUAUUCGGGAAGACCCUUUAGGAUUUUAUUGAAAAUCCUCCAGUUACUGAAGAUUAAGAAAUAAAAAUGAAACCUCCUCCUAAGGUGCCCUAAGAUAAUCUGUUUAGCUAUUUCAAAGAGCAGGGCUUUAUUACUUCUUGGACAGGGGAUCUUUGUGAAACCGGAAUGUUUUCUUAAAAAGAAUUCUACGAUCAGUAUGUUAAGAAUGCAGCAACAGAUCACGAAGGACUUUCUUCAGCUUGUGAUCCCAAUUUAUAUGAUUUUAAUUCACCUCACGGAGACUAUCUUGGAUCAUAUUCUUCAUCUAGACGAUGCUUAUAUAAGAGAGAUUCUUAUGAAUUUCCUUUUGAAUAUGCUAAACAAUUCUUUAAAGCAUAUGAAACUGAAAAUAAAGUUAUGAUGAUGACAUUUAUGGAUAUGCAUGAAGGGACUAUCGAAGUUAUCAAAUACCUCGACAAUCCUUUAACUAAUUUCUUAAAAGAAAUGGAGGAUGAAAAUACAACAAUCAUUUUAUGGAGUGAUCAUGGGUUGCAUUUGUGGGGGUUAAUUGAAUCUUUGUCAAGAAGUUAGACUUGGAUAGAAGUUAUGAAUCCAUUUAUUGUUAUAAAUAACUUGAAGGGUCUCACUAAAGAGUAGGAGUAAAAUCUUGAAAUUAACUAGUAAAAAUUAGUUACUCAUAUUCACUUCCAUAACUUCUUGAAGUUCUUCGCAUCUGGUAAAGUUCCAGAAAACCCAAUGAAUUUAGUAAAUAAACUUGGGAGUGAUAAAGAAGUUUGUGAUCAAAUUGGGACUAGAUGCAUUUGUGAAAACUUUCCAAAAUCUAGUACAUUCUAGAGAUGGCCUGAUGUGUGA